GGCUCAGCAUGUCUAAAAUACGAAACUAAAGUAUAUACAACUCCCUCAUAGGUUUUCAAAGCCACAGGAAACGUCGACCAUAAUGUCCACUGUCCCGAACAAACCUGAUUUAGGGAUACUAGAAGAGGAUGAUGAGUUUGAGGAAUUUCCAGCAGAAGACUGGAAUGGAGCUGAAGAGGAAAAAAAUGACAUAAAUGUGUGGGAAGAUAAUUGGGAUGAUGAUAAUAUAGAAGAUGAUUUUUCGAAACAGCUUCGGGCUCAACUAGAACUACAAGGAAAAUCUCUAGAAAUUCCUGAACCAAUGAAAACUUAAUUUGCUUUAUGUUUAACAUUACUCUUCAUCAAUUGAAAAUAAAAUGUUCUUUUUUUA